CGCGAGGUGGGUACGUCAUCUCGGUGACCGGGAGACCCGGUGAUGUCACAUUAAGCAGGAAAACCUCACGUGGCUCUGGUGGUCCCUGCAAAAACGAGCCCUAACGGUCCUCCGCGGGACACCGAGCGUCUUCUGAUACUGACGCGCGCGCUCUGGCCGCGGCGCGUCCGUCGGGCUUCUUAAAGGCGCAGCGACACCUGCGUCCUCCUCGCGUCACACCGAGGAUCCCCUCACAUCCCGUGAACCGACGCCGACGCGAGCGCCAGAGCAGAAAGCGAGGAAACACUCGACGUUUAGCGGCGAACGGACGGACGGUGACGGUGUUCGAGGUGUUGCGGGUUUAUCCUCGUCGCGUUCGGGUGGAGUCGAGCCACACACUGAAGUCUGAGCUGUGACACACUUCAGGACUCAAUCAUGAAGGACGGAAUGGCUAACAACAGCACGGCCAGCAUCUCUCAGGCCCGGAAAGCUGUGGAGCAGCUGAAGAUGGAGGCCUGCAUGGACAGGAUAAAGGUGUCCAAGGCCGCGGCGGACCUGAUGGCGUACUGUGACGCUCAUAUACGAGAGGACCCGCUCAUCGUGCCCGUCCCGGCCUCAGAGAACCCCUUCAGGGAGAAGAAGUUCUUCUGCACCAUCCUCUGAGUUUGGGCCGGGGCGAAGGGUCUGUGUCCUCGUCUCUGGCUGCCGCCGUUGAGCUGUGUUUGAGCGGCUGUUGACGGUCCGAUCCCUCCUGGACGCCUCUGGGGGGUCAGGGGUCAAUUAACUGGCAACCCAAUCAGAGCGUCUCAUGUCUCGUUAAAUAGGUUUGUUAUUGCUUCGUAAUUAGAGAACAGCCUUUCUCACUGCUUCUGGGAUGAGAGUUUUUAGUGUUCAUUUCUCGUGCCACAGAGGAACAGGUGGCUGUUUUGUAACUGUUUUGUAUAGACUUGUGCUAUAUUUGAUACGCAUCACUGGUCAAAUGUUUGGACACACUUGAGCGAGGCUUCAAACAAACAUGCAUUAUUAACAGAAUUUAGUUUUUUACUUUAAACUCGGGACAAAAACAACAGAAGUCAGUGUAACAGUAGUUAUCUAUGCAUCCAUUUUUAACUUGGUUGUUAAUUUUCCAAAGCAAGAGAGAAACAGCUCAAAUAUAAGAUAUAAUUAAUUUGUUGCAUAUUUUGAUCUCUAAAUCAUUCCCACAAUCCCCUUUGUUGUAUUUCAUAGGUUGCAUGACUAUUUUCUGUUUUUGAAUAUUAGUCAUAAUAAAGAUUAAGUAGCAUCCAAACUUUUGACUUUGAUCUGAAUUUAGAUCAAUUAAAUUUAACUUCUCCUUCAAUGGCUGCUGAAAAUUCAGCUUUGCAUCACAGGAAUAAAUUACUUUUUAAAAUGUAUUUAAAUAGAAAACUGUUAUUUUAAAUUCUAAUAAUAUUUCAGAAUAUUUUACCGUGUUUUUGAUCAAAUAAAUGCAGCCUUGAUGAGCAGAAGAAAUGAAAGGCAGAAUCCAGAAUGAGCAGAUGUGUCUAAAUAUUUGACUUGUAGUGUAUCUGUAAAGCAUUUGUAUUUGUAUAAUUUCCAAUCUCUCCCCAUUUUCUGGUAUGGUGAUAUUUGAGAUAUUUCUAAUCCGUUUAUAUGAAAUCAAAUCUCAACCAGUUUCCAAAUUACAUUGUGAUAAAAUACAACAUUUCCUCGCAGAAACCCCUUAUUAAUGUACGAGGUCUCCACCGUACAGAUGUUUUUUCUGCCCCAUCUGUAAGGCCACAUUAUUUUCCUCUUUAUCAUAAAGAUAUUUAGAUAUUUCACAAUAAUCGAAGCUGAAGUGUGUCAUUUCACAAUUCAAACAGGUUUCCCGAACAGGAAAGUCACAGUGUUCGACUUUUCACUGAAAUCAACCCAGAAACAGCUCACUUAUACGUGACUCUACGCAUUAAAUGGGUAUUUUAAAGAAAAAGUUCAUACAUAUCCCUGUAAUUUGUUCAAAGAUGUAGAAGAGUUUGUUUCUUCAUCAGAUUUGGAGAAAUGUAGCAUUGGAUAACUUGCUCUG